UCUUGUCGCUGGUGGCGCUGUAGUCGUGCUGUUUUCCGGUCAGAGCAGAAGAAGAAGCUGAACCUCGUGUGUCUGCCUGCUGGUUGUUGUGAUUGACUGCGAUCAUAAACCAGGCAGCAGAUCAUCGAUUAUCGAUCAGAAAUGACUAAAGUGAAGAGGGAGAAGGUUUCGGACGGAGAGGAAGCCGCGGCGGCGGAAGCGGGGGGACCCGAGCGGAGCUACGCCGAGCUGGUCGCUCACCUCAACCCCAUCGCCCAGCCGCUGGCCUCCAGGAAGCUCAGCAAGAAGCUCUACAAGUGCGUGAAGAAAGCCGCGAAGGGGAAGAACAUCCGGCGGGGAGUCAAGGAGGUCCAGAAGUUCAUCAACAAAGGAGAGAAAGGCAUAGUGGUUCUGGCCGGAGACACGCUGCCCAUCGACGUCUACAGCCACCUUCCGGUCAUGUGUGAGGACCGCAACCUGCCCUACGCCUACAUCCCGUCUAAAGUGGAUCUGGGCUCUUCCGCCGGCUCCAAGCGGCCGACCUGCGUCAUCCUGAUCAAACCACACGCCGACUACCAGGACGCCUAUGAUGAGUGUCUGGAUGAGGUGUCUCACCUGCCCAAACCGCUCUGAGCCAGUCAGGAUGCAGCUCAUCUGAACUCAGCCAAUCAGGACGCAGCGCCCACCUUACAUUUAAAGGCGCAGUACGCCCUGAUUCCUCCCAGGUUUCAUGUUUCUCUGCUGCGCUAGCCGUUUUUACCUGUUUCCAGUGUUUGUGCUAAGCUAAUGAUGGACUGAAGGACGCUGCCCCCUGCUGGACACUGGAAGCCGUGUUUCUAGUUUUUUUAUAUUAAAAAUGUUAAAACUGGAGUUUUUGGAGUUAUUUGUUUGAAUAAAGAUUAUUCAUAAAGUGUUUAAAGGA